AAUUACGAGGUCAGCAACUUUAAUGGAGGAGAAUUGUUGCAACCUUCUAAUACGAAUUCGGUCUCGGCCUCUUGGUUCCCCGUCCGUAUCUCUCUAUCUCUCUUCUUCCGUUUACCCGUUCCUUUCCACGCACUCUUGAGACUUGAGAGAGAUCUAGGGUUAGAAAACUCUCUCUGACUCCUCGUCGGUGCUCGCAAUAUGGUGGCACAAAUCUGCUUGGCGACGGGGAAGAUUCGGAAGGAGCAGGACGGAACUUCUUUGAGGAAACUGAGCCAUUCAAGCUCAUUUGACUUUGACAAUAUUCAAGUAAAUAUCAAUUGGGAAGAUGUGACUUGUCCCAUCUGCCUGGAUUUCCCACACAAUGGGGUUCUUCUUCAAUGCAGCUCCUAUGACAAUGGCUGCCGUCCUUUUAUGUGUGAUACAGACCACACACACUCCAACUGUCUCAACCGGUUUAAAAGCGCAUCAGGAGUAUCUCAGGCAGCGGAAUGCUUGGUUGCGACCGAGUCAUCUACCAUGCUGACUCGAAUGUUUCCGUCAACUUUUGAGAACCGUCCUGCCUGCCCCUUAUGUCGAGGAGAGGUGACCGGUUGGGUCGUUAUCAAAGAAGCACGUGCUUACUUGAACAUGAAGAAGCGGUGUUGCCAAGAGAAGCAAUGCCAUUAUAUGGGCAAUUUCAUUGAGCUUCAGCGCCAUGCUCUUUUGAAACACCCUCAUUCUCGUCCAUCAGCGAUAGAUCCCGCUCACCAACAAGAUUGGGAAAAUUUUCAGCAAUCUUCAGAUAUUAUAGAUGUCCUGAGCACCAUACAUGCUGAAGUUCCACAUGGAGUUGUGCUGGGGGAUUAUGUGAUUGAGUAUGGUGAUGAUGAGGAUGGAGAUGGUUACGAGGAUUUUGGCGGUCGUGGGGCUAAAUGGUGGACUUCUUGCAUUCUUUAUCAGGUAUUUGGUAAGUUGAGCUGUACGGGAAAUAGACAGAGAUCUAGUAGGCGUAAUUUGACACGUAGUCGUGUCGGGUCGAGCUCUAAUGGCUCGAAUGAGGGUUCUCCAUCAUUUGUUGAUGCUUCAGUACAUCGAUUCCGGCAAGAAGAAUUCGAGAUAAUCAAUUGAACGACUAAGUUACAGCUAUCGGGGGCGCAUAUCUCGCUAAGACGGUCUAUGUCCACAAUUCGCCGCUGGACCGCAGGAGCUAUCUUCUGAUGGGAUCUUCUAUUUUCUUGUACUUCUUCAUUUCAUUUUUUUCUCUCUCUUAUAGUUUACCUUAUAGCCUUUGCGAGGCAAUUGCCUGUACAUAGGUAAAAUUAGUAUGUUAUGGUUAUUGCAUACCCACAAUUGUCUUUUUAA